UGAUGAGUUCACUGCCUGUCACACAGAGAGUCUGCAUGAAGCUGUGAGAUGGCUGGAUUUCACCAGCGACGGUCACAUAUCAAGAUGUCUCGUUGCUGUGCCGUGGCUGUCCUCGUACUCGUCCUCGCUGGAGGAUGGCGCCCUUGUGGAGCAGAUGUUGGGGAUUUUGCUCCAUGCCUGCAGUUUUUCUACAAGUCCUGGCCUCCCAAAGGUCUGUCCGGGACCCCGAUCUGCCAACAUUAUGAGAACCAGUACCGCUACGCCACGUUGUACAGUCGACCCCGCCGCUCCCCGUGGUUCUCUGGAUAUUUGUACGCCGUUCCAGCAGGAAAGAGACCCACUGCGUCGUGGAAGUUUGAGCCACAGUUAGCUUACCCCGGAGCUGAUGGCAACAUGAUCCCGUUCCCUCCGGGCCCUCUGGACCAGAACGUGGUGGAAAGCCAGGCCGUGGAGCCGGACUACAUUAACUCCACCUUCUCUCGAGGCCACCUGAACCCCAGCCUUCACCACCACAGCCGCGAGGACCGCUACGCCACGUUCACCCUCACUAACGUGGUCCCCCAGAAGGCCGGCUCCAACGACGGGCCCUGGGAACUCCUGGAGCAGAACGUCAACAACGCCCUGGAGGCCUACUGUCUCGGAGAAGCUUACAUAGUCACCGGAAUCAUCCCGUACCAGAGCGACGACCGCUGGCUCAAGAAUCAUCGCGUGGCUUUGCCGGAGUACAUGUGGUCGGCCUACUGCUGCUCGAGAUUCAACAGCAGCCUCCCGGAGGAACUGAAGGACGCGUUCCCCACGUUUGCUGCCGUCGGACGAAACGACCGCAACAGCACCGAGGAGAUCGUGCCUGUCGACCAAACUGCCAAAAAACAGUUCAGAGGAUACGAUGUGAGACGGAUGCCACUGGAAACACUGGAGCUGUAUCUGAAGGAGCGGUUCAAUACUGUGGUCAACGUCUUUUAUGAGCAGUGCUCCGGAUCAAACUGAUGCUGCAGAUACAACAAUAAAAAUGGCGUUCAUCUGUGAAGGUUAUCCUUCAGAAACGUGUGUUUGCCUCAGAGAUUCUUUUCUGUAAUGAUCCAAAAUCCAAUGAAAACAUCCCAUAGGAGGACUUCUCAUUAGACGCCAUGGCGAUGCUACUUCAGGGUUGGUUCUCUAUAUGAACACUAUGGUUUUCACAAUCCCAGAAUCUUAACAAAAUCAAACGUUACUGAUAAUUGUUUCAGUACAACAGCUACAAAAAUUUGAAGUCCAAGGCGACCAUUAUUGAGUAAUUUCUUGCAACCAACAAAUAAAAAGCAGCUCCUGCACACGGUCUAAAUUGCACAAACACUGGAAAAGUUUCAGUACCGACAUGUUGUCAAUGUGUUUGUGCAAAGAUUUGACUGGCUUUGUGUUUCUAGAGGCUCAAAUGAUUCACCAUGAAUGAAAGGAUGGCAGAUUUAAAGUGACAAAAAAAAGAAGAUUUAUUCCUCAAAAAAGUAUUGCAGGUUACAAAAUAAGCUCUUAGAAAUAUCACUCGUUUACUAAAAGAAAGCCUCUCGGAUUUGACUGAAAACUAAAACCGUGUUGGUCAGAAAACUGUUGCUCCUCGUCUUCUCGUCUGAGUAUUUAUUCACCUGUACCCCACAUGGCAAUUUACACCAAUUAGCUGCGCUUUACAACAGCAGGAACACUUUGCAGCAGCACUUAUAAACACACAAUGUUUCAAUACGUGAUAAAUAUAAAAAAAUUAAAUUAAUUAUGAAAUUCAAAAGCAAAAACUCGUAUUAAUUAUAAACAUAUAAAUACAAAAUUAUACUAAUGGGCAAAUUAUAUUUUUAUAUUAACCUGUAGUCCUCUAUGGCUCUAACAAUUAUUGCUCAGGGCCCCUGAAAAUGAUUAUGGAUGUAACAUAGCGCUGUUUUAAUAAAGUUCUGUUGCACAUGAGAUGAAAAGUCAUGCUCCUUUUUUCCUGCUGCAGAAAACAACCUAACUCAAAUCUUAUCAAGUGAACUCAUCUAAUUAUUCGUCAAAACUUUGACUACUUCUUUAGAGCAUUGAAAUCAGAUACACUAUAUUAUCUAUUGGUAUACCUCAAUUCUAGACACUUCAGAAGUAACAUUCACUUGCAACAAAUGUUUUAUUACAAGCAGUUCACGCCUUAGUUUUAAAAUAGGGUCUUUAUCUGGAUGUGUCAGGUGACAGUAACUCAUAUUCAGAGUAAUGAGAUAUCACUGUAAGAUUCGAGUCUUUGCAGUGAACUGAGAGGUAUGUAGCAAUGUGUGAAAAAUACUUCUUCUAUGCAGUACCUUCUUUUGAACACCAGGUGGCGACCGUGUGCAAUAAAAGUUGCUG